AUGUCCUCCGAGAAAAACGAGGUUCCUGCUGGGUCGAUCCCUGCCGCUGAUGAAGUCGCACCUCAAGAUGACGCUGGGCAGGAUGCCGCGAUUGCCGAAAACCAUGUUGAUCAGGAAGAGCACGCCGCUGAGGCCCUCAUCAACCUUACGAUUGGCCUACCGCAAGAGCCCUCCUCCAUGACGAUCCUGGUCUCACCCCAGGAGCAAGUUCACGAAGUUCGUCAGUCCAUUAUCGACUUGCCUGCGGCCUUCCGGUACACUUGCUUCCACCUCGAGCACAAUGGCGAGCGCGUCAAUGACUUCAUCCCCAUGUCCGAAGUUCCCGGCAUUGCCGAAAACCCCAACGUGACGCUGGUUGAGGAUCCCUAUACCGAAAAGGAGGCCCGCAUACAUCUUGUUAGGAUUCGUGAGCUCAUCGGUGGUGCGGGCGACCGUGCCGAUGUAGUCCAGGGUAUCCUGCCCGGCCUGUCGCUCCUUGAUUCUAUCGAUGUUACUGCGAAGCAUGGCUCCGAGCGAAACGAAGAUCAGCCGCCUGCUGAGCAGCCUGAACCACUGGCAGAGUCCACCUUCAGCUCUGCAGCUUCGAUUUCUCACCUCCUACCGCCCCCACCCGACGAUGCUCCCAAGACCAUCAAGACCAUCACGCUCUCGUCCUGGAACCCGCCCCCGUGCCAUUUGAAACAAAGGGGGCACCUGCUCUACUUGAUCAUCACGACCAACGAAGGUGAACAGUUCCAGGUCACCGCACACGUUGGCGGCUUUUACGUCAACAAGUCUUCCAACAGCAAGUUCGAUCCGCUACCGCGGCCGGCUCCUAAAGGACAGUCUGCCCACUCGCUGCUGAGCCUCCUCGAGCUCAUAUCUCCGUCCUUUGAGUCGAGCUUCAAGGCUCUGCAGGAGUUCAACAACCGCAAAGACCCUCUUGCCACGUUCCAGAUUGCCAACGCUAUCCCCGCAGCACCCUGGAUUGUACCAUCCACCACGUCGCCCCACUGCACACACCUCUCCGACCCUACUCGCUCCCAGGAGACGUACCUGAUCGCGGGCGUGGACAAUACUGACACGCUGCGGGACUGGAACGAGGAGUUCCAAUCGGCGAAAGAAUUGCCGAAAGAGACUGUCCAAGAUCGAGUUUUCCGCGAAAGACUCCUUUCCAAGCUCUUCGCUGAUUACAACGACGCUGCCACCCGCGGUGCGGUCCUGGUAGCUCGUGGCGAAAUCCCACCUCUUAACCCUACAGAAUGCAAGGAUGCCCAAAUUUUUGUUUACAACAACGUUUUCUUCUCCUUCGGAGCCGACGGUGUGGGCACGUUCACUUCAGAGGGCGGAGAUGAAGCUGCACGGGUCGCCACUGGCAAGGACGUCGCAGGCGUAAGGCUAGUGAACCAGCUGGACGUUGACGGCCUGUUCACUACUGCAACAGUUGUCGUCGACUACCUCGGAAAGCGCAUCGUUGGCCAGAGUAUUGUUCCCGGUAUUUUCAAACCCCGCGAGCCUGGCGAGAAUCAAAUCGACUACGGCGCUGUGGAAGGCAAGGAUAUUGUAGCUGCGGAUGAUCGCUUCGUCUCGGUCUUUGAGAAAAUAUCCCGUGCGUUGAGGGGUAAGAAACAUCCAGUAUGGGACAAGGAGAGCAAACGCAUUGACUUCGAGGCGAGUAUGAAGGAGUGGGUUGACGAGCAGCUCGCGCAGCGCGCUCAGUCGAAGCAGGAUUCCACGGACGACACGACAAAGCAGGCCUCGACUGCCGACAGCACAGGCGAAUCGACCGAAGCUCAAGCAGCUUCCGAGAAGGAGAAGGACCGCAUCGAUCUCUCUCAGUUCCAAUUCGCUCUCAACCCCGACGCCUUCAGCGGCCAAUUGCCUCAAACGCCCGACGAGAAAGCGGAACUCAAGGCUGACGAGAAAGAUGUUCGUGUCGCCUGCGAGUAUCUGACCGAUCGGGUCAUUCCUGACUUGGUGCGCGAGCUUCAGGAUUGCGAUAUCAGUUUCCCUAUGGAUGGCCAAGCACUCAGUCGUUUGCUGCACAAGAGGGGUAUCAACGUGAGGUACCUGGGUAGGAUUGCCUCCCUGAGCACGGACCCGCGACUCCAGUGCCUAAGGGAUAUCGCGAUCCAGGAUAUGGUCGCCCGUUCGUUUAAGCACGUCAUUUCUUCCUUCUUGCGGGAGACCCCCAGCCCGUUGGCCUCGUCUUGCGUUGCCCAUCUUCUGAACUGCCUUCUCGGCGCGGAGUUGAAUCCGAAGCCUGUUGCCGACGUAGAUCCCACCAUGAAGGCGCUUUACUCGGAUCUCGAUACCUCGUACGAAUUAGUCACUCCGCAGAUCUUAAGGGCUCGUAUCUCUGAAGAAACACAUCGACGAUACAGGUUUAAGCUGGAUGGCGAGUGGUACAAGAGCAUUAAGCCUCUUCAGACCCUCAGAGAAAUCUCUCUUAAGCUUGGUCUCCAGUUGCAAGCCAAGGAGUACUUGUUCUCCAAGACGGACAGUACCGAAGCUCCUACUGAAGCCAAGCCCGCUGAUGCGACGGCCAAUGGUCAGCUUAAUGGCGAGUCAAAGAAGAAGAACAAAAAGAAGAACCGCGACGCCUCGCCCGCUGCAGUCGCUACUACUGGAGCACCGUGCACGUUUAGUGCCGACGAUGUCAUCAACAUUGUCCCUGUCGUCAAGCACUCCUGCCCUCGUAGCGCUCUUGCCGAGGAGGCGCUCGAGGCAGGCCGCAUCUCCAUCAUGCAGUCGCAGAAGAAGCUUGGCCAAGAGCUUCUGCUAGAGUCUCUCUCCCUGCACGAGCAGAUUUAUGGCAUUCUUCACCCAGAAGUUGCUCGUGUGUACAACACACUGUCCAUGCUUUACUACCAGCUGGAUGAGAAGGAGGCAGCUGUAGAGCUCUCCCGCAAGGCGAUCGUUGUUUCUGAGCGGACGGUUGGUAUCGACUCAGCCGAGACACUACUCAACUACCUUAACCUCAGCUUAUUCCUCCACCAGACUGGCGAUAGCCAAGGCGCUUUGUCGUAUGCGAAGCACGCCCUUCAGCUUUGGAAGAUAAUCUAUGGCCCUGACCAUCCUGACUCGAUUACGACCAUCAACAAUGGUGCCGUCAUGCUUCAGCACCUGAAGGCCUACCAUGAGUCUAGAUUAUGGUUUGAGGAAUCGCUACGAGUCUGCGAGAAGGUCUUCGGAAAGUCGUCGAUCAACGCUGCAACGCUGCUGUUCCAGCUGGCGCAAGCACUGGCCCUCGACCAAGACUCCAAGGGCGCAGUCAAGCGCAUGCGAGAAUCCUACAACAUCUUCUUGAGCGAGCUAGGCGCUGACGACAAAAACACCAAGGAGGCAGAGAGCUGGCUGGAGCAACUAACCCAGAACGCCGUCUCCAUCGCAAAGCACGCCAAAGAUAUGCAGACUCGCCGCCUGCGCACAGGCAUCAAAUUUUCACCUCGGGGCGCCCCUUUCGAAGCUGACGCACCCUCUGCUGUCGCCUCGACCUCUCGCCAGACUCAGCUCGAUGGCUCCUCUCAAAUGGACUCGCGUAGCAUCGAUGAGCUCAUCAAAUUCAUUGAGGGCAACGACCAGCAAACCAACAAGUCUUCGAAGCGGCCAAGCAGGGGUAACCCCAAGAGGCGAGGCAAGGCCUGAACGACGCGCCGAUUUAGAAUUCUCCCGGAAUUUUCCAGCAAC